AUGAAGUUAUGGGAUAGCCUGACCACUUGUUUGAUACUGCUGAGCGCCGUGCACGCCGACUCGCUGCUCCGGGAUACGUCCACAACGAGGAGAGGGCGCGCCGCCGAGAGUCCCCUGGAGCGUCCGCCAGUUCAGAUCCGCUUGUCUGUCACUUCUUCGGGCAUCAGCCGCGCUGAAGCGGAUACAGCGGACUGGGAAGAGACACUGGCUGGAGGAGACACAUACACAAUGGAGCAGCCACCCCCAAACGAGUUUGAAGACGUGGUGGACUUCAUCAAAGUGACCAUCAGUAGAAUACGUCGCUCCUCCUCAUCCACCGUGUCCUCAUCUACCUCCUCCUCCUCCUCCUCCUCCUCCACCUCCUCCCCCUCCAAAGAAAACUUGAGCAGCAGGACUCGACACAGAAGGGAGAAGAAGAAGGGGACAAGCCAGCAGAGUGGUAGAGGUGGAAGAGGAGGAGCAAGAAGGGGGGAGACAGGGAGGAAGGCUAGGGUAGGAGGAGGGAAUGGACGAGGACAGGGCUGUGUGCUCAAACAGAUACACCUCAAUGUGUCGGACCUCGGUCUGGGCUACCGCUCCAGCGAGGAAAUGAUAUUCAGAUACUGCUCUGGACCCUGCAGGAAGUCUGAGACAAACUAUGACAAAAUCCUUUACAACCUCGUUCACAACAGGAGGCUUCCUCCAAAAGACACGCCCCCUCAGGCUUGCUGUCGGCCAAUUGCGUUUGACGAUGACCUCUCGUUUCUGGAUGACAACCUCAUCUACCACACCGUGAGGAAACACUCCGCCAGGAAAUGUGGUUGUGUGUAGGGAGUGUGAGCUCUUGUCAGGCUUUGUGUAAUUUUACAUUCACUCCCCAUUUAGAAGUAUGAUGCUGAGUUGUUUUCUGAUUUUUCUCACUGUUAGGAAACCUAUUACGUUGUUUGUGGCCACGAAUGACUUGAGUCCAUCAGUAAAGGAGUAAAUAAGGAGAGGAGGUGGCAUCGCUAUGAUUCCUAAUGAUCGUCAUCCUUGGCUCAAUCACAAUAUCUACAAUUUACAUUACGCCUUACAUUGCUAAUGUGUGAUUUUAAAUGUUUCCAUGGAUACUCAACCUAAAGGACUGAAAUCAAUAAGACACAACGGAGGAAUCAGCUGACUCAUUCUGUCUACUGUAUAGCACAUAUGUUACAUGGAAAAUGGUAUACACAUAUGAAUUUUAUUUAUGAAAUCUUGAAAUUAUUAAAUUAUUGAUAUUUAUUUUGUUUUUAUAAAAUUAAUAAAUGUUAUUUAUUACUGUAAUGUGAUAUCUCAGAGUGUGCCAAAGGUCAAAGGUAAAUCAAAUCAUUUUUAUGAUUUAUUUCCAUAUGAAAGGUUGACAUGUAUGACAUUGCAAAAUGAUCUUUUACACAUCAGGAUCUUAUCUUAAAGGUGCCCUGUGGAAUUUUCUUGUAAACAAAGUUACAUUCAGUGUUUCUCACUCAAACGCACUGUGUGUAUCAUUGAUGCCUAACAACUAUGGUAAAUGCAUUUCUGUCCUCAAAAAAAAAAAAUUAUUUAAAAUCCGUAACGCUACUAGUGGUCAAAAACUCCAUAGGAUAACUUCAACGGAAAUUCUUCCUUAGUAUGUGGGUGUUCUUUGGAGUUUUCUUGUAAACAAACAAAGUUGCAUUCAGUCUUUAUUACGAAACACAUUGUGUGUACUCUUGAGGUCUAACAAACGGGUUGAAUACAUUUUGUUCCUCAUAAAACAUUUGCAAAGCCAAAUUUAAGUUGUGCAUUGUUUACAUCUAUGUUCUCUAGCUUGCAGUUUUCUUCUUUGCCUUCAUUGUUGUAAAAUUACCACUCUUUGCUUGUUUGCGCCAUCAAUUGCGGAAAAUCAGAAUCUGAUGGCAGGAACGUAAAUUGCGUCACCUAUAUGCAUGCACGAUACAAACAAAAUGAGGACCACUCUUAAAAACAAUGCUUUAUAUCAAUGCUAGUGUUCAAAAACUCCACAGGGCACCUUUCCUCAGUUUACAAUGUUCUACAAUUCAAAUGUCAUUUCACUGCCUUGUUUCCUGUUUGUUUGUUUUUUUAUUAAUGAGGUGAGAAAAGCUAUAACAAAACGAUUAUUCACUGCUAAUUUCAUAGCCUCCUCUCAGAUGAAUUGCUGUUAGUGAAAGAUUUGAAAGAUUUCCUGAAAAAACGUAACUACAGCUUUAUUUUUAUACGUUAUUCACUUUUAAAUUGCCUCAUUCAAUUGUUAAUAAAUGGAUUCUACACA